AUAGAGAACUCAGUCAAGCUCCUUUGGUACAAGACCAGGUCAGGUCUAGAGCAACGUAAAUGCCAUACCUGAUCAAUGUUAACAACAGACGUGUCCCAGGGAAUACAGAAGUAUGUGGCUGCUCCUCACCAUUGUCCUGUCUUACAGUAUCGUCUGCCUGAAUGGGACUCAUACCACAACAGGUCAUGAAUAUAGCCUUGACUGUGUAAGUGAUUACCUGUUCACCAUUAACUGUUCCCUGAGCAUCCUGCCAGAGGUUGCUCAUACAGACCAGUACCCUUACUGGCUGCGCAUUGAGGACCUCUCUUUCGGGACGGUAUUUGAUGGCGGGAAGCUGAAGAAAACCGAUGGCUAUUACUCCUGUUCAUUGGACACUUCCCAUCCAGAUUCUGCUGUUGAUCCAGAUCCUGAUGAGGAGCCUGAUUUAUUUUUUGACACUUCAAGAUUUAAGAUCACUCUCUAUCACAACAGAAGCAAUGGACAUGUAAGCGCCACCUUGCUGGAUAAGGAAUACAUGCCAGUAAAGCAUAUCAAACCCAAUGCACCAUUCAAUCUCACCGUCAGCCGGAUGUCAAGUCAACACCGUGUUACCUGGAUGAGUAGCUAUGAGAAAUAUCUACAAUUUGGCAAUCUUCUGUCUGACAACCUGAAGUACCAACUCUGGUUCUACAGAAGUGGCCACCAAGGCAACGUUGUCGAAGUUCCACACUCAACUAAUAUCUCAGUGAACAAUGAAAAUUUUGAGCCAGACACAGAGUACACUGUAAACGUGAGGUCCAUCCCCAACCAACAACAGUAUCAAGGCCAGUGGAGUGAAUGGGCAACGGAGGUUCGUUGGAGGACUGAUCCCACACAAAAAGUCGGAGAAUUUCCAACAAACACAUUUACUGCCAUCUUAUGUGUGCUGGUUCCAGUACUGCUAAUUCUGUGCUACAUUCCAAUUGUAAGGUUGAAUAAAUCCACCUUCAUCCCAACUCCAGCACCAUACUUCCAGUCCCUUUAUGCUGACUGUGAGGGGGACUUCAGGAGCUGGGUUGUGACCCCAGGCUCUGGGGCAGACUUAUUCAAGACAGAGGAAACCUUGCAAAUCGACACCCUGACUGAGACCAUACCGGUCCGGGAUGAUGACCACUCCUCACUGGUGCCCCAUCACAUGAUCCAGGAGGGCCCCAGCGACAACCUGUCUAACCCAGCAUCUGAUGCGCUUUUCCUGGGCAUUGCUUAUGCUGUAUCUCUGGGGUCACCACUCCCGGCACCCAGAGGCCCACUGAAGAGUGUGUCUCUGAGUGAGCCAGAGAGCACCAUCGAAGCAGACUCGGGGUGUUGGCUGCACAGCACCACAUCUCUGGAGCGGGAGAGUGCCUGGUACAGCAACGUGAACAGCAGCAGUGACUACUGCACCCUAUCAGACACUGGGAAUUGUCAGGAACUUACCCCUAGAGUCUAUUGACGCACCGGUGCGUCAAUCUAAGCAACAUAAUACAAAAUCCCCAUCCAAAUCAGUCAGUUUAAGUUAGAGAUAUGUUUUUUUGUAUGGGCUGCGUCUCAAUCCACCAGAUCCGCCCAUGUCUCCCUUCCACAUCUGCGGUGGAAAUUGGCAGAGCUACAGCGCUGUUAGUCAGACCAGGAGACAACCCGAAAAUCGGUGACGAAAACAUUGUCUAAAGGUAACCCACACAAAUUAAUGGAAAUAUGGGGGUAGUUUUGUGCCAACAAAAUUAAGGAGUUAAAUAUGUGCAAAAAAACAACAACAUAUAUUAUAUAUAAUGAACAAAAAUAUAAAUGCAACAUAUAAAGUGUUGAUCCGAUGUUUCAUGAGCUGAAAUUUUCCAUACGCACAAAAAGCUUAUUUCUCUCAAAAUUUGUGCACAAAUUUGUUUACAUCCCUGCUAGUGAGCAUUUCUCCUUUGCCAAGAUAAUCCACCUACCUGACAGGUGUGGCAUAUCAAGAAGCUGAUUAAACAGCAUGAUCAUUACACCUUGUGCUUGGGACAAUAAAAGGCCACUCUAACAUGUGCAGUUUUGUCACACAACACAAUUGUUUUGCCACAGAUGCCUCAAGUUUUGAGGGAGCAUGCAAUUGGCAUGCUGGCUGUAGGAAUGUCCACCAGAUCUGUUGCUAGAGAAUUGAAUGUUAAUUUCUCUACCAUAAGCUGCCUCCAAUGUCAUUUUAGAGAAUAUCCAACCGGCGUUACAAGCGCAGACCACGUGUAACCACGCCAGCUCAGGACCUCCACAUCUGGCUUCUUGACCUGUGGGAUUGUCUGUGACCAGCCACCCAGACAGUUGAUGAAGAGGAGGAUUUCUAUCUUGUUAGGAAAAACUCAUUCUGAUUAGCUGGGCCUGGCUCCCCAGCUGGUGGGCUUAUGCCUUCCCAGGCCCACCCAUAUGGCUGUGCCCCUGCCCAGUCAUGUGAAAUCCAUAGAUUAGGGCCUAAUGAAUAUAUUUCAAAAGACUGAUUUCCUUCCUCAGUAAAAUCACUGAAAUUGUUGCAUGUUGUGUUUAUAUUUUUGUUGAGUAUAUAUAUAUUUCCUAAGCUUUCUUAUAUCUCCUAGAUAUAGGACAGACACUUCAAAAACCCUAUUCCUUAUGAUACCUUUUUUGACUGUCUUUUUAUCCAUUUAUGAAUGUGUUUCUAUGGGCUGUCGUAGUAAAGGCCAAAUUCAAUAUUUUAACAAAUACAUAAAAAAAUUCUAAAUCAAAUGGCUAAAUGAUCCCACCCUCACAGCACUUUUUUUGCCCCAGCACUACACAGCUGAUUCAAAUAAUCAAAGCUUCAUGAUGGGACCGAGUUUGGGAAAACCCUGGUCAAGACACUUCUCUAAUUCAAUCAAUGAUGUAUAUAAACCCUGGAUUGCUGAUGCCAUGUAUUGGUCAUUGAGAGGCUUUGAAGCCACCGGUCGGCCAUAUUGUCACUCCCUAAAAAGAGCAGUCCCCCAUAGGAAUUAAUGGAAUUCUACAGUAUUUCAAUUAAAUGUUUCAAGGAAAAUGUUUUAUAUUUUGUUGUAGUGGGGACA